ACACCUUAAAAAAUUGCACCCAAUAAUCUUCUUAUGUCGUCCGUCACAAUUCCACGGGAACUUGUCAAGUCGAGAAAGUGGCAAAAUGAAUACUUUUAACUGUAAUGGUGGGACAAUUAGUGGUCAGACGCAGCUCUCAUUUCAGUUCAACAUGAAUCAAAUGGACGACCUUCACAUUUGCGGAAUGUGUAAAUGUCAAUUCACCUCCAUAGAGAGUUUCAUCAUACACAAGAGGUCGGGGUGUGCAGUGGCCAAACUUAACAAAGUCAACAGUCUCUUGACAUCCAACCCCUGCAGAGCUACUACCACAUGUAGUGUUUUAAAUGCCCCUACUGUACCUACGGUCAAUGCCAAUACUCCAAGUGCACCAUCCAUCGUCCAGGCAAAGAAACCACCUCGGACAAAGAAGAAACAGAUUUUGCUUGCAGCCACUCCCAAGGUUGUUCCGUCCACACCGUCUGAGAAUAAUAGUUCCAAUCAAUCUGGUGAAGGUAAUGCGGCAAGCCUUGAGCAGAACUUCCGAGACGGUUCUCCUGUACAUAGUCAAGAGCUUCCACAAACCAAUGCAGAAAAACAAUUGCAAGAUGCUCAAUCGGUGGUGGAAACCAUCCGCGAAAGUAUUAGUGGUGCACAAGGGACAGUUGCAAACAGUGACAGUUCAGACGGCCUAAAUCGCAAGGAGAAAAGUAGUGUUAAGGUUAAAUGUUAUGAAUGUUUACACGAGGGCUGUGACUUCAAAACAGCUCACUUGAAAGACAUUCAGCGACAUAAUCGAAUACACACCGGCGACAGGCCUUUCUUGUGUACAUUCUGUCAGCGUCGUUUCGCACGCAAGGACAAGCUACAAAUUCAUCUUCGGACUCAUAGUGGACAUAAGCCAUAUCACUGUCAACAGUGUAGCUAUUCUGCUGUAGACGGGGGCAGUCUAAAGAAGCAUAUGAGGACACACACUAAGGAGCGUCCGUUCAAGUGUCAGAUCUGCUCUUACGCGAGCCGUAACUCUAGCCAGCUGACCACUCAUCUUCGGACUCACACGGGUGACUCCCCCUUCCACUGCAAUCAGUGCUCUGCUAAGUUCAAGAUCAGCACUGAUCUACGGCGGCACAAGAGAGUCCACACUGGGGAGAAGCCGUACAAGUGUUCCUCUUGUCCGUAUGCAAGCGCCCUCAACAGUAACCUCAAGUCGCAUAUUCAGCACAACCACCUGAGAGAGAAAAGCUUCCAGUGUGAGGAAUGUAGCUUCACCUGCUGCACCAGUAAGCAGUUAAAGCAGCAUGAGAGCACACAUCCUAACCGUCAUCCAAUUAAGUGUUUGGAGUGUGACUUCAUCUGUCUAAACAAACGUUCUUUCAGAAGACAUGAGCGGAAACACAGCAAAGAUAAGCCACACAAGUGUCCUCACUGCUCCUUCUCAUCCAAGCUGCUUCGCCACAUUUCACUUCACAUAAAGAAACUCCAUGCAGACCUCCCCAAGGUGAAAAGACAGAAGCAGGCAACAAAGUCCACAAAGAAUCAAACCUCAAAAGACAAGAAAAAACCUAAGCCUCAGGUUCUCAGCGGUAAGAAACCGUUCAAUUGUGAUAAAUGCGAUGCGUCUUUCAUGCGCAGGGACUCAUUUACGAGUCAUAGAAGGCACCAUGAUACUGUAUCAGACUCCAUUGAGAGCACUGCCCUCGCAGUACUUCAACUCCAGCAGCUUCCACAACUGUCAACCCCAGACCCCUCAUCAUCUGUCCACUUGCCAACAACAAAUACAGCAAAUCAAAACCACAACAACAACAGUUUAUUCAGUGACUUAAAUCCAACACCACCUAGUGAUAUUGAAAUGCUGCUGAGUGUUAUUAACUCUCAAGUCGUACAAAGUCCUGUAAACAGCGAUUCAGAGAUUUGCCAUCCCAGAAGUUCUGCACAAGGAGGAGAGGCUGGAAGCAUCUCCCAAGAUGGAGGUACGGUUCAGAGUAAAUCCUCAACUGUUAUCAUCCAACCACAGGCAACGACUGGAGAGACGGUAACUCUGCAGGUUAUUUCGCAUGACAACAAUGACCAAGCAACUCAAAGCCAUAACAAUGCGGGGUUAAGUUCUCCAGGUCCAAAUUUGUUUGUGCAGCAACUGCCAAUGUUUCCAAACCAAGCAUUAUUACACAUUCCGCAGUUUACAACCCAGCACACGGUAACGACCACUGCUCAGGAAGUCAGUAAGCGGCCAACCAUGACCAGAUUCCCAAUAAACUCCAACACUCUGGGUGAUACAUCAUUCACAGGAAGCCAUUUAAUGCAAGGGUUGCUGAACUCACCAAAAAUCAUUGGUACGAAACAGCAACCAGUACCUACCAUCCAGCAAUCAUUUUUGCAGCAACCCAACAACAGAAUAAUUUCUGGCAGCAACUUAAACUUACUCUCCAACUCGAUGCGUCCUUCCACACCUCUCUUCCCCAAUGCCAGCCAAUCUGCUCUUGGAGCUCCUCAACUCCUUUCACAAAAGAAUGUAUUCCUUGGAACCAAUCAGGUACUACCUGGCGUUCAAUCCCAGCGUCAUUUGGCAUUCACAAAGACUGUCCAGUCAACCCCAGCAAAUGCAGUCGCACCUCAAACACAAACUACCUACUGGAACUCUCAGAUAACUACACAAAUGGGCCAGCUGCAAGUUCUACCCCAGCUGCAUGGUUCUAAUCAACUGCAGCAGCAGCAGCAGUUUGCACCUGCAGUCUUGAAUGCUACAUCGACUAGCUUGCCUUUGUCGAUCAGGCAAUCCCUGGCGACAGACGUUCUCACACAUCAGGUCUUGGCACAAUUGCCUCUGGCACCACCACAACAUCAGCAAUUCACACAGCAGAUGAAGCAGCACAUUGCAUUCCCUCAAAGCAAAAUUCUCAAUAUACCUCAGGUUACUUCAGCUUCUAAAUGUGUGUCCAAUACUUUCAUUUCAUCCAGUGUGGUGGGAGACAAGACAAGCAGUUCAAACAUUCAUGUUACAUCUCUCAGAUUGGGAUCCGUCUCAACUACCCAAUCAAAUUCCAUGUAGUCCACUGCUGUCAUCUCUUCAACUAUUUCUUCUUAAAGCCUAAAAAUAUGUUCAUGGUUAAUGUGCCACCAGUGCAGUGUGUCCAACCUGGUUCCUCCUAUCAGGGCCAAAUUUUAUAAAGCAUGU